GAAGAGAGGAGGAGGGGAAAGCUCCUUGCACUCAGCACAGCUGUUAACAGCUGUGAGGAAGUGGAACACACACAGCCAAGAUCGCAGCUCCCUUCAGCAGACGGAGCAGAGCCAAGCUGUGCAAUGAACACCUACAUUUUUAGCUACUAUUUAAUCCAGUUCUGUGGACAUUCCUGGAUAUUUACCAAUAUGAUCAUCAGGUUCCUUUCUUUUGGGCAAGAUUCAUUUGCAGAUACUUUCUAUUCCAUUGGACUUGUGAUGCGUAUUUGCCAAUCGUCAUCUAUCCUGGAACUCUUGCAUAUUCGGCUUGGCAUUGAGGAAGAUCAUUUUCUCCCAAGGCUUUUACAGAUCACAGAAAGAAUAAUCAUCUUAUUUGUUGUGAUUGCCAGUCAAGAAGAAAUUCAAGGAAAAUAUGUCGUGUGCAUCCUAUUUUUCCUUUGGAGCAUCAUUGACAUGGUCAGAUAUACUUAUUGUAUGUUAGCAGUGACAGGAACAUACUUUCAAGAACUGACAUGGCUCCAUUAUACACUAUGGAUUCCUCUAUAUCCUCUCUCGGUUUUGGCUCAAGCAUUUGCCAUAUAUGAAUCACUGCCUCACUUUGAAACCUAUGGCACUUACUCCACCCAGCUGCUUUUUCCAUUUGAUAUACCAGUCUACUUUCCCUACAUACUAAAAAUAUACACGGCAAUCUUGUUUGGAGGUAUGUAUUUCAUUGUCCGAUACCUCUACAUGGAACGGAAGACUCAUCUAGGAAGCCACAACAUCAAGGUGAAAAGAAGCUAGCUUUUCCCUCAAGGAAUGAGAAAAAUGGCUUGAGAUGGUCUGGUGGGAAACACUGUUCAUGAAACUAAAUGGAGAACAUGACUUUAAAACAAGAGCUCACAAGUCAGAUAUCUGGAUAUCUUUGGUUUAAAGGAGAAUGAUACACGCUUUCUUGAUAAUUAGAUCCCAACAUACAAAUUGUGCAAAUGUUAUGUACAUGUGUAACGGAACCGAGUCUGGGGUGGAGCUGCAAUUUUUAAAGCACAUUUCGAACUCUUGGUUGUGACAGAUGUUAGAUAAAUAUGAAGGCAACCAUCUUGAUCCCAGUGAUUCGUUGCUGGCAUAGGAGCACUCACAAUGCCCAUUAUACUUCAAUUGAAUGCAUAUGCUAUUUCUCUCUGUUGAAGCCAGUGGGGAAGUCCAUCUUGUUAAGGAGUUAUGUGUGUGUACAUUGGGAGUUCCUAACCUGUUAUAUAAAUGCUCCCACUCCAUUCCCUUUAUCUCAUCCCCAGAAGAACUGAACCAAACCUACUAAAAUAAUUCUCUCCCUAGGAACAGACAGCCCCAUGUUGAAAUGAAUGGAGAUGUUUUGUAGACUCUGGGGGGAGCAAGGGAGAAAUACGCAAACCUAUGAUUGGUUCCUAAUGUUUCCUCAAGUACAAUUUGAAGGGGGGGGAAUGGGGAUAUCAUCUAGACAGGAGAAUUUUGUAAUGAGAAAACAUCCUAGAUGUCACGGCAGAGUCCAGAUCUUAUGUCUGAAAGAACCAGGAGGUUGAAUGUUGUUUGCUGUAGCAAAAUCCAACAUAUUUCUAUUGAUGUUUUUGCAACUCUUCUUCAGGGGGAAUAGCUUCAUAAAGGAAUAUAUAUCUUCUUAACUGCUUUAUUGCUUUGGACCAGUUUAGAUUGAGGGUGG